AGCCCUUGUUCUUGCUGCUGCAAACACUCCGUUGCUAUUGGAUUGGGUAGAGAACAUAUGUCAAUUAUUCAUGUGCCCGAUCUUAAAGCCACGCAAUGCAUGUUCAAGGUCAAUCUUGGCGGCACCCCUCACAGCCUUAGGGAAACCAAUUUCGAGAGCUUGGCUGCAAAGGAAUUGAGAGUUGGGUCCUCACAUCGACCUGAUCCUUUCGUGCAUCAAUUCUUUUUGAUGCAGGAGAGAUUUCGUGGUUACCUGGUGAUUGUAGGAGGCAAGGCGGCAGGAGCCGGGACAAGUGACAGUGCCAUCACCCUCUUGAGUCGGGGUGACGGAGAAUGCAUCAAGUCGCCAUGGAGGAAGCUUCAGGACAGGUCACGUGGAAGGAUCGAGCAGGGGUCUAAGGAGACAUAUGCUGUUAGGACGGUAAUGCUGGAAGUAAUUUUUGGUGGAAGUAAUGGUGGUUGAUGAUGGCAAUAAGGGUAGGGGUUGGCCGUGAUUUUGGAACCAGGUAACCACGAGCAUUAACUGAGGAUGGUUGAAACUGAGCUAUGUUUGAGGAAUUGAUGUUGGCUGACGAGCGGAAAGGGUGCCAUGGAUUAAUUGGGCUUGUUGGGUUUGGCCCACAUAGGCUGG